AUGCCAAAAAUGUGGGAUUUAUUAAGAAAAUCAAAAUAUUAUUUAAUAAAUGUCCAUCCACUUGGACAAUUUCCCUUUCCAAAUAUUCCAAAAAGAAUUGUUAAUAUUGGAGGGAUUGAAGUAGAAAUUGAAGGAAUUUUGAAUGAAAUUAAGGAAGAAAAAAAAUUGAAAGAAAAAAUGGAAAAUAAGGGUUUAACAGGAUUUUUAAAAAAUAAAGUAAAGGAAUUUGUCUUUGAAGACCCUGUAUUUGAGUGGAUUAAAAAGACUGAUUGCUUUGUUCUAUUUUAUAUCACUAAAGGCCAUUCCUUCAAAGGAUUUACAGAUGAAUAUUUUAAUAAAUUAGUAGAGACAUUUGUAAAAUAUGACAAAUGUAAAUUUGUUGUUCAACUCAGAAUUGGAUUUGAAUUUCCAAUGCUGAAAAAAGAUCCUUUAUUCCCGUGGCGAAUAGAUCCAAAUGUUUAUAAAAAUAUAUAUUUUUAUUUUGUAAAAGAAGUAAAUCUACAGAAAUUAUUAGGUAAAAUUUCAUUAAAGAAUUUUGCGUGUGUUUAUUUUUGUGCCUACUUAACUUCGCCUAAAUUUAUUAACUCUUUUUUCGAAGUUACUAGACAUACUUGA